AUGGGUCAUAUGAAAGAGUAUCUCGAGUGGAAGCAGACGUUCACAAUUUCCCGAAAGCUUGAUAGCAAGAAGGUUCAUCAGAUUCUCAAUGUUGGUGAUGGUGGAACGCCUUGGCCAGAUCCGUUUGUUUCUCCGCGAAUCAGUUAUGACGCCCGGAGACCGCGGAAACGACAUUUUCCAGGAUGUCGUUCCGAAGUUCCUGAAGAUAUUGAAAUCCAGGACAGUGGCGAAAAAUACUUCAGAGCAGUUUAG